CUAUGUCAGCCUGUUAAAAGACUUUGUUGAGUCUGAAUUCUUUGUGAUAGAUGGAGAUUCCUUGCUAAUUAUGUUUAUAGAUACGGAAACACAAUAUCUAAACUUCUUCUACCAAAUUGAAUGCUUCCUGCAGGAUUUCACAGAAAAAGGAGCAAAAUAUGUCAUUACUUUCUUCAAGGAUGCAGAACAGAUGUACUUUUCAUAUCCUCAUUUUCUUUUCUUACGUACUGCAUUAAUAGAACACCUGAGGCAUAACACAUGCAUCACUGUCCAUACAGAAUUUUCCAAUUGUUUAUCAUACAAAUGGGAACUUUUCCUGAAGCAAAGCUAUCCUUACUUCAUCAUCGUAUCUGACAUAGGACUGACCCAUCUCCAAACAAACUUUUUAUCUACUAUAAUUGCUCAUUCAUUGUCAAAGAAAGUCAACGUUGUGCUUACUUCAGGGCAGGAGUAUGAUAUUAUUAGAGUUUAUGGAUAUCACAUUCAGAGUGUAUAUAAACACAGAUUAUUUUUUCAAAAGUAUGAAAAAGAUCUGCGACAUGCCUGGGAAAACCUAGUCAGGUACAAAAAACCUUUCAUGUGUCUAUAUGAACAUCUCAAGCUGAGCCUGAACAGCGUACAGAAAGAGGUUUGCCAGGCUAUCUGUUUGUUGAAACAACUGUGGCCUGAAGGAUCUGACAUUCGGCGUGUAGUCUGCGUUCUUGCUUGUGCCGUGGGGUUAAAAAUAUACAGUACCAUGUUGGAAAAUGCAAAUACUGCCAUGGGAGCAAACAGAGAGCAAUCAGCAAAGAGAAGAAGUAAACCCCUGUCUCCAGAAGAAGCUGCUGACCUCUGCAGAAUGCAAUGUCUUACAGUGACUUUUCUUCUUCAUAUGCCUCUUUCACAGAGAGCUCAGAUUAGGAACAUGAAAUCCUCCUGGACUAAGCAAGUUUUACCAUUAUUAAAAAUGCAAGAGUUGUGUAUGCAUUUUGCUCUGAUACAGCUAAGUGACACAAAUGAUUGGAAAUUGGAUUUAACUUACCUGCCUGAUUUAAAUGAUGAUCCACUGCUCAUGAAUCUUGCAUGUUACUAUGAGAUCGAAUAUACUGAAGGAUUAGAGUUCCAAAAGGAUUUGGGGAAAGAAAUGGAGAACGACUACCAAUUUUUAUGGGACACUGUAGCAAAACUGUGUGUGAAGUACAGUUUUGGAGAUGCUUUCCCAAUACGAAAAACUUCCCAACUAUUUCUUGAAAAGGAGCAGACUCUUUUUAGAGUCUAUAAAGAAGAAAUUCCUAACAUUGGACUAAUCCCAGUUAAAUCUGAACUUGUUGAAGAUUAUGCUGGAGAUGUUUUGAAAGACCUACCUGUUUUAAAAAGCAAUGACCCUGCAGUUACCUCACUUACCAAACACAGGGAAUUCAAUGAACUUCAUCACUGGCAUUCUACCAGACUUCUGACUGAGGAAUAUGACCGAGUACGUUGCAAUGCCGAUGCAAAAUCCAAAGAUCCAAAAGAAAGAAAGCAAAUACAAAAAUUACAGACUUUUCAGCGCUUUUAUGGAAGCACUUUGGAAGACAGCACGUCAAAACUUAUUGUAUGUCAGGAGGAUGUGUCAUGGAAUGCUAAUGCUCCUGUCAAAAAGGCACAAAAAAAGCAUAAAAGUAAAGCAGAAAUAAUUGCAGAGGAAAACAGCAGGCGACUAAAAGCUAAGGAAGAACAGAAAGAACAAGAGCAAUGGAAAGCCCUACAAAUGGCAACUGAAAAGAAAAUAAAAGAAAAUCCGACUGUUGGAAUAAAUAAAUUGGAGAAGCUUCUCAAGACCUUUAAAAACAAGUCUGUGAAGUUCAGCAUAGAAAUGACAGCACUGUCUGCCUGUUUACAAGUGUGGAAGGAACACUGCAAAGAGCAAGGUAAGAAAUCUAAAGAUUUAAGCAAAGCUGUUCACGUCAUGAGGAGAAUUCAUAUCCUCCUUGAAAAAUAUCAAGAUCUCUUGGAGGAACCACAUCUACAAAAGCUGACCAAAUAUCUAAAGCUCCUUGGAUUUGAGAAUUUGGCACACUCUCUUUCUGGCCAGAGGAAGGAAGGAGAAAGUGAUCAGAAUAAAAGCAAGUAUGCUAUUGAAGUGGGUCCAGUUCACUUUCAGCUACAAUACAUGGAACAUUACUUGCUCAGAGAAGAGAGAAAUGAUCCAGAUCCCCGAGUGCAACAUUUCAUACCAGAUACAUGGCAGCGAGAACUUCUUGAUGCUGUAGAUAAUAAUGAAUCUGCAGUGAUUGUUGCUCCCACUUCCUCAGGAAAAACAUAUGCAUCAUACUAUUGCAUGGAAAAAGUUCUGAAAACAAGCAAUGAUGGAGUAGUUGUGUAUGUUGCUCCUACAAAGGCCCUUGUAAACCAAGUGGUAGGAACUGUAUACAGUCGAUUCACCAAGAAGCUUCCAGAUGGAUUGGUAAUGUGUGGGGUGUUCACACGAGAUUACCGCAAUGAUGUCAUGAAUUCUCAGAUACUAGUGACAGUGCCUCAAUGUUUAGAAAUCUUGAUGCUGUCUCCUCGUUGCCAGAAAUGGACCCAACGAAUACAAUAUGUUAUAUUUGAUGAGGUACAUUGUCUUGGUGGUGAAAUUGGAGCAGAAGUUUGGGAACAUCUUCUGGUAACAAUUCGAUGUCCAUUUUUGGCACUCUCUGCUACUGUCAGUAACCCGGAACACCUCACUGAGUGGUUACAAUCUGUGAAAAGGUAUUGGCAACUUGCUGAGAAUACAAUAGAGGGAAGCCCUACAAACUCUGAAAAGAACUUUACAAGAAAAUGUAAAGUGAAAUCUAAAGUGCAUGAACAAAAGAAAUCCUAUCGUGUUAGACUAGUCUUGUAUGAAGAAAGAUACAACGAUUUGAAAAAGUAUGUGUGUUCUCUAAAGGACAGUGAUUUUACCAUUGAACAUUAUCAUCCAUUUGCUGCAUUAACAGUCAGUCAUAUUGAGAAUUAUGGUAUUCCUUCAGAUCUUUCUCUGUCUCCACGAGAGAGCAUCCAGCUUUAUGACACAAUGGUAAAAGUCUGGCAAGAGUGGCCAAGGGCACAGGAGUUAGAGCCUGAGGAGUUUGUAUCUUUCAAGAAUAAAGUAGUUAUAAAAAAGGCAGAUGCAAGGAAAUAUGAACAGGAACUGAAGAAAGAACUAAGCGAGUGGAUUAUGCUUGGCCAAAACCAGAAGGUGACUGAGCUACUGGAGCACCUUAAGCCCAAACCUGUGGAUUGCUCAGGAAAGGAAAAACGGCAGCAUUUUGCAAGAUUUGUUGAUAUAUUACAUAAGAUGGAUAAGUUGCCUGCCAUAUUUUUUAUGUAA